AUGGCGUUCAGCAUGCAGCAACAGCAAUCAUUCUGCUUCAUCCGACCACCAAGCAACCACCGCCAGCACCGGCGGCGACCACCAAACAAACAACCACCGGCCAGAGCUUACAUGCCUCGCUCCGGACACCUUGCCGCCGAUCUCCUUGGCCGGCCAUGCCCCCGAGGUCGUGCAACAAGGGCAGUGCAGGCCGCUGUCUCAGCGAACUCUAAUGGCUCUGAAUUCAUCCGCGCCAAGAACAACACCAUCCAGGACACGAAAUUACCAAGAGAGGGCAAGUUUUUCGAAGUGGAGAUGACCGUCCGUGACUGCGAGCUCGACAAGUACCGGGUUGUCAGCAGUGCUGUGCUUGCUGCCUACAUGGAAACAGCUCGUCAAGAGAUGCUCGCAAGCCUAGGCGUCCGCACGGGGUCGAUCGCCCGAGCAGGCCGUGCCCUGGCGGUCUCCAAGUUGAACGUCGAGUGCGUGGCGCCACUAAAGCCCGGCGCCAGGUUCGUUGUCAUGGUGAGGGUCGUCCAGAUCAAGGGCGUCCGGAUGCUCAUGGAGCACUUGAUCGCGACGCUGCCCGACCGGGAGCUUGUUUCAGAAGCAAUGGCCAACAUCGUUUGCCUCAACAAAGACUACCGGCCGACUCGCAUGUUCCCGGAAAUGGUGAAGCUGUUGCAAGUCCUCUCCUAACUAGGAUCAGUCAUGGCAUAAUAUGUUGUUGUAGGCUUCCUACAUGUACCUAGGGGUGGUAAUGGGUCAUGGCUUUAUUGGCCUCUUCACAGCCCACCAUGACCCUUAA